AUGAUAUCCUGCGUGCUCAACCACUCUAAACUUGGACCUAUUUAUAAACACAUUUCCAGUUAAAUAAAUGAGCCUGUGCUCUGGGAUACAACUUUUGCAGAAGGACAGUAGGCUACCUUGCACCGAGCAGCUUAGUCCAUCCCUCUGUUCUUUUCCCAGUUUGCCGCAUUAUAAUCGAGUUCCAUGCAGGACCCAACAUUAUCUUGGGCGGCUCUGUGGUGUAGCGGUCUCUCCCCUACACUCGCGUUUCAACAACAGCAGGAAACUGCCUCAAGCCUGUCUCUGACUAUUGAAUAUACAAAAAUAGGGGGAAACGGAGACAAAUGCGGUGAGGCAGGAAGCAGAAAAAGAUUGAGACAACUGGAGUAUUUUAUCGGGCGGUACGUGGGGAUAUCAAGGUGUAUUACUGCCUGUCCACUCUGCGGUGGACCUAAGACAGCGCACCGGAGGGGAGAGUGAGGGGUGCUGGGUCACACUGUCAAGUUGCUUCCACUCUGCACCUGCUGCAUCAUGGGUAACGUCGCUGGCAAGGACAGCCAUGGCCCUACAGGGUCUCAUUUAGAUCUGUUCCACACUCCUCCCUCCUCCCCCUCUGAUUCUGACCUGGCUGCAGCUCUGGCCUUGGCUCCAGCCGCGGCUCAGCUGUUGCAGCAGGGGACACCGUCCUCUGGGGCCACCCGGGGCAUCGUCUGCCAGGGCGGAGCCUCCCCCUCCACCAACUCCAAUUGGAGCUACACGCUGUCUGUCCCGCCAGAAUGGGCCGUGAUUAGCCUAGAGAGCAGUGCAUUGCCGCAGGGGACGGGGGUGGAAAUGGACGGUGGAAGGCAAACGGUGAGGUGCUCCAGCAGCCACAACAACCACAGCAGCAGUCCUGUGUCCCAAGGCCAGGGGCCUCCGUCGGAUGGUAGCCCUUUGGAGCAGCGCUGGCAGGAGCGGGACAGUGGUCUGGAGCCCCAGGCAGGGCCGGUGCGGGCUAGGGAGGAGAUGGCCCUGGCUCUGCUCAACCUGCUGGAACAUCACAGGUCCACACUGGGGCUCAGUCCGGGCCUGGACGCACCAGCAGGAGCAGCCGAGCUGCUGAGGCGGUUGAUGGUGGAGAGAGAGGAGCUGGUGGAGGAGGUGCGCAGCCUGAAGGACACACUGAGGACUGAGCGAGCUGAGUGGCACCAGUUCCAGUGUGAUCUGCAGGUGGCGGUGUCUGUGGCCGACCGGCUGCGCAUUGAAGCGGAGGAGACUAUGGGCACGCUCAGAGAGAGCCACGGGGACGUGGAGGGCCAGCUGGACCAGGCCCACUGCAGACAGCAGGACACAGACCGGGAACUGGAGAGCUUGAGAGCUGAACACAGAGAGGCCUGUCACAGACUGUCUGCUCUCACCCUGGAGCACCAACAUACCAGGGCUGAGCUGGACACACUCAGACACAUGCAGACAGAGAGAGGGAAGGACUCACACAGUCACAGAGAGAUGGAGGGAAGAGACACGGAGGAGAGGCCGGCUGGUGAAGACACUGGUGAAGACAUAAACGCGGUGGAGGCGCUGGAUGGGAAACAAAGAGAGGAUUCAGAAAGAGAAGUGGAAGGAGAGAAAAUAAUAAAUAGUGAGGGAGUGGAUGUUAAGAUGGGAGGGAAGUCUCCUGAGGAGCUUGUUAGAGGAGGGGAGAACCUGCUCAAAGGGAAGGGGGUAGCAGAGACGUACCUACGGAAUUUGGUAGCAGCUGGAGAGAAGGGGUGCGGCUUAAGAGAUCCACGGAGGAUCGUGAUGAUGUCAGAGCGUUCCAGGAGCCUCUCUCGACUUCCCCUGCCCACUGACUCUCUCCCUGCACAGAAUGGUAGCUCCCAGACCACCACUAGUACAACACUGCCUCUAUGCAAGAAAGAAGAGCCAGCCAAAGGGAGAAGGUUGGACCGCAUACUGCAAACACAGGACACCUGGUCCAGCUUCUAUACAAAAAAACAGGAGGACGACCAGAACGCAGACCCACUGUCCUCGUUCAGACCUCAGGAUGGUUUCAGCAUGCUGCUACGACGUCAUGGAGGCUCCAGGCGGAACUCACUCCUGCGCUGGUGUCAAAGCCGCACCCAGGGCUACAAGAAUAUUGAGAUCACCAACUUCAGCAGCAGCUGGGAGGACGGUCUGGCUUUUUGUGCUGUGUACCACACCUACCUACCCACACACAUCCCAUACAGCAGUCUCAGCCCAGGAGACAAGAGUGAGAACCUGGGCCUAGCCUUCCAGACAGGGGAAAGUGUAGGAAUCACAGCCACACUGACCGUUGAAGAGAUGCUGAGACCAGGUGGGCCCGACUGGCAGAGGGUCCUGGGGUACGUUGAAAGCAUGUUUCGUCACUUUGAGAUGUGAGGUCAUUUCCCUUCUGGCUUCCCUCCCAAACUCGACAUCUAACUGGUCCGCCACAACCAGUCUGGUUUGUUUUCUUGCAUCAUCAACUGAACUGAGACAGCUGAUUGGCUGAAUUGACUGGCGCACCACUAGGGGGUGUAGGACAACUGUUGGAACUGAAUUGUACUUCAGCCUCACUCGCCGUGCAGACUCCUGCUGCCGGCAAUUGGUUGUAGGUGCACUGUUUUUUUGUUAAAUUUCACGGUGAUUUUGCACUGAAUAUGAGAAGCCAUUGGAAAUGAGAACACAAGGAGCACCAUAGAUGAGGAAAUUGUGAAUGUGACUAUCUGAGGACUACAGUAUAUUCUAGACAAUUUGCACCAGGAAAAAUUAUCAGACUUCAAGUUUAUCACUUUGGGUGCCACUGCUGUUCAAUGUGUUGCACUUAUUCUGAUGCCUUUUAAUUAAGCACUUUAUCAACAAUAUGAAGUCUGUUCCGUCAUCUAAGUUUUUAACUGGAAGAUUUGUUAUGUUAUGGACACUCUCUGCCAUGUAUCACAUUCUUUAUCAGACUUUAUUUGCUUAGAAAUGUUGGGAUAUUUAUGUAGCCAUAAGUAGUAUUCUAAUGUCUAUGAACCCCAACUCAAAGCACAAAGAGGAGCCGGACAACUUGAAUGAGUUCAUUCAGUGGCGCUGCAUCACAGCCGGGAUCAACCAAGAGUGACUGCCUUUGAGGAAAUGUAUAUACAGAACUGUCUAAUUAAGCAAUAAGGCCCGAGGGGGUGUGGUAUAUGGCCAAUAUACCACGGCUAAGGACUGUUCUUACGCA